AUGGGCCAGGGAAUAAGUGACCAACUUACUGUCAUGGCUGGCCAACUAACUGCUAUGGAUAGUCGACUAGCUGCGCUGAAGAAAGACGUCCUCCAGCGGCCCACAUCAAGAACGGCUGGGAUGACGCCCUUGAGGGCCGGGUGUCCAGUUCCGGCUCCCAUGUCCUCCCUUGAAGAGUUUGAUGCCUUUGAGGACAAACUCCAAGACGAGAAAUAUCGGCAGCAGGCGGUAGGACUACGGCCUGCUAACUAA